AUGGUUAAAAACCUGGCCGGACGAUUUCCAGAAAUCGCAGAAGUCACUCGCAAAGACCACACGAUUCGGAUUGAAGACGGCGCCGACAUCACAGUGGCGGAGUUCCGUUCCUCAAAGGCCUCCACUUCCUCAGGCUCCAAGGCCGUCUACUACAUCCACGGAGGAGGCAUGAUCAUGGGCAGCAUUGAUAUGUUCCAGGGAUUGGUCAAGCAACGGGUCCUCGAAACGGGCAUUCCAACUUUCAUGGUCGGCUAUCGACUUGCGCCGGAACACAAACAUCCCAUUCCCGUGAAUGACUGCUACGCCGGUCUGCAAUGGCUGUCGAAAAACGCCGCCAGCUUGGGCGUUGACCCGGCCAGCAUCGUGCUCAUGGGCGAGUCUGCAGGUGGAGGCUUGGCAGCUGCCACGGCUCUACUGGCCCGGGACAAGAAGCUAAGUCCGCCGCUUCGCAAGCAGAUCCUUAUCUUCCCCAUGCUGGAUGACCGCACAAUCAAGCCAAUGCCAGAACUUGAGGAGUUCUCGAAGGCCGUGUGGUCUGUCAGAGAUAAUCAGACGGGAUGGGAGGCUCUUGUUGGCGACAAGGCCGGCAGCUCAGAUCCCAAGGCUGUGUCAGAGUAUGCUGCUCCUGCUCGUGCAGAGAGCGUGGCGGGCUUGCCCCCGACCUAUAUUGAGUGCGGUCAGCUUGACAUCUUCGUGUACGAGGACAUGAAGUUUGCAACCCGGUUGUUGGAGGCUGCAGUGCCAGUCGAGCUGCAUAUCUACCCUGGUCAGCCCCAUGGAUUCCAGAUGUUUGCUUCGAAUGCGACCUAUGCUGCCAUGUCGAUGUCAAACGUGCUGAGCGCCAUCAAGAAUGCGUAA